AGACAACAAUGUCUGCAUCCUGAGCUGUCGUUAAAGAUCAUAACUGCUAAAGUCGCGCAUUCAGAGAGGAGAGGAUCAAGAUAGCUCACCCUCUGCCUAACCAUAGAAAGAUCUGUAGGACACUAUUUGUCUCUGUGAGCCUAAAUCAUGUGCCUGAGUGGGCUAGAUUGUAGAACAGGGGCAAUGGCCCAAAGUCUGAUUCGAUACACAUAUGACACCAUUGCUGCUUGGAUGGUGAUGUUGAUCGUUGCGUUCGUUUUGACAUCAGUAAUGCGACUCAUGGUAGCAAUCGCUGUAAUGAAGAUGUAUAACAUGGCGGCUGUUUUGUUUAGAACAGUGCUCCAUAAACACGUCGUUAGAGUAGGAUCAGACGCGCUUACAUCUUUGUCGCUAAACAUCAAACGCAGAAGAGAAAAUCAUCGUAAAGUUAAUAUGGAGCAUCUAAAGGCUGUCAUCCAUAUUUUAUUGUUUUAUAUUUUUUUUUUCUCUCUUCACCUGCAAAAAACAAAGCAAGAACCACUACAAAAAGCUUCAUCUCAUGUGUAUAAUUCAUGCAGCUAUUAUAAAAUUCUUAGCAUGGUGUAUUCCAUUCUUACUUGAUACGUGACGUGUGCUAAACCGCUAAAGCACCAUGCAUCUAUAGAUCAUGGAUGAAGAUGUGGGCAUUCGAAAGUUUAUUCUUGGUGACUGCUUGCUCUAUAAAGAAAGCACCUUGAAUAUAGGAUACUUUAUUUUCCCUUGAUCUUAGAAGCUUAGCAACAAGCUUACGCUCCUUUAU